UUCUCCAUCUCCCAUCUGUCAGCAUCUUCCCCCCUUUACAUUCUCACCCUCUCUCAGACUUCAUCUCAAAACCUCAAUCGGCUUCUACAAUGGAACGACUCAAUAGAAGUAACGGAGCUACGGGUGCAGAUAUUAGAGCUACCGUGGAGGUUCUAGAGGGCGAGACGAUCUAUGAAGAAGCCCAGACCUUGCUAUCGAGCGAUGACUCGGGAAAUACGAAGAGGAUUGUGCUUUCUAAGUAUACGAAGAACCACAAAGUACAUCGCACUGUUAACUAUGUCCUUACUACUAUCUUGGUCUGUUCUAUCAUCGGCGUGUGGUCGUUAGGUUUUGUGCUCCAUCGGCCAUGUAAGCCGAACGCUGAGAGCUUCCAUUAUUACUCUCCUGCCCUAGAGGCCACGAAGCCUGGCUCCAGAGUUACCCGGCUCAAUCACACGGAAUGGUCGCCUUUCAGCCCAAGCCAUGAUGACCCUCUGGAGUAUGUCGAUGGCAACUGGACGGCGUUGUUACGUAUCGGCAUGAUGAGCCUCAGCGAGGAAGACCUCCACCGAACCGGUGCCUCGCCAGACACCGCCGUACGUCUCCCACCCGAGAGUGGCGGGGGUUAUCUUGCGUACCUAGCGAGCCACCACCACCUGCACUGCCUGUACCUCUUACACCAGAGCCUACACGCAGAUUACUACUCCUCGCGCAGCGUAAUUUGGGAGAUGAGCCAAGAGCGGCGACUUUCGCACUGGGACCACUGCAUCGAAUCACUACGACAGUACGUAACAUGCAACGCGGACACCACGGUGGUUACUCAUAACUGGUUUGAGAAUUAUAACCUACCGGUACCAACCCAGGGGAACCCGCGAAGAUGCGCGGAUUGGGACGCGCAUUUCCGCUGGCAGGUUGAACGCCAGGUAAACGCGCCUAAGGAGGAGCUUGUUAAACCUAAGGGCGUGGUGGAAAUGCCGAUGUUGUCGGCGAAGCCGCCGGAGGAUUACCUCGAGAUGUAUGCUUCGGGGAUCGAGCUUUAGGAUGGAGUAGGUUGUAUGCCGUGCGUAGACACCUGUUAUUGGCUCUCAUAUAUAGUGUAAGCUUUGAUGUUUGGUACCGGUAGAUUGGGUACGGAACUGAGGGGGAAUAUGCAAGGCAUUGAGGCCAAAGGACUUCUACAAUAAAACGGAAAUAAUAGAAGUUCCGAUGAAGCUGUUAAUUGGAGA